GAAUGUAUUGACAUGUUUUAUGGAGAAGAGUGUCAAUACAAGAGCUCCUGUCACCCUCAGAACACAAAGUCGGUAAAUCCAGUUGAUGGUCUGUGUACCUGUUACUUAAACUGGACUUCGACGGAUUGUUAUGCAGAUUUUAAUGAGUGCAGCGUUGGUGCUUGCGAUGCCACUAAUUCCCACUGUGAAAACACUUUUGGAUCAUACCAAUGUAGAUGU